AAAAAUUGAAACACAAACAUGAUUUUGGAGGGCAUUCAACCACGUGCCCUGAACGUGUCAGCCAAAAAAUUGGUGUUUAAUUUUAAUUAACAAGAAUGCCAUUGCGGUGAAGGGGAAAAAAGGGACCAGGAAUAUCCUCAAAUGCCUAUAUUCUGGUUUAGGGUAAGCACGGAUUGAAAGGACUUGAAAAUAAAGAAAUAGAACGCUAAAAAAUCACUAAAAAACCCUGUUUUUUUUUGUAAAAUUAGCUUUGGAGGUCUCUCUGGGAGGAAAUCUAACGCUACUCUUGAUUUCUCUAUGUGUGUCUGUACAAAUCGAAGCGACGGAGCCCCGAAUCUUAUUGGGUUUCAGAAGCAAUAGGUGAGAUUGCCUUUGCACUGGUUCUUGUGUUGAAUGUUCAGAAAUGUGUGAGGUAUCUGCAGAUACUGAUUUGCGACCUUGCAAACCAAAACAAGUGAUUGAAUGGAGUCCUCUUUAUUCUUUGCAUGUUCUGGAUUUCUUUUCUUUCCAUUUCUUGUUUUCCUUUUUUUCCCACCAUGGUGAUAUUGAAAAUUUCAUUGCCAUUCUGUUUGAUGAUGGUGAUGGCUAUUUAAAGAAUGAGUUUUCUCUUUUAAGUGGUUAGAGUGACAACUGUAGUGAUUUUAUUUUUAUUGAAACUUGGUGCACCUUUAUUAGUGCAUUGAUCUUGAAAUGCCAGAACUUUGAAACUGAUUUCAUAUAACAAUGCCUGUGGCUUUUGUUAAUGUCAGGUAGCUUUUGCAUUGCUGUCAACAGUAUAGAAAAAAAUCAGAGGUGAAGAAAUAACUUGAAACAGAUGCAACAGUGAUUAGUAUGUCUGAACUGAUUGAAGGUCUUCCAGAUGCUGUUGCCAUCAGGUGCAUUGCACGGGUUCCCUUCUACCUCCACCCCAAGUUAGAGCUCGUUUCUCGUUCAUGGCGAGCUGUUGUGCGUAGCCCUGAGCUGUUUAAAGCCCGGCAGGAGGUUGGUUCAGCAGAGGAUCUGCUAUGUGUGUGCGCUUUUGAUCCCGAGAAUUUGUGGCAGCUUUAUGACCCUCACCGAGACCUUUGGAUUACCCUUCCUGUUCUCCCUUCUAAAAUCAGACACCUUGCCCACUUUGGUGUUGUCUCUAGUGCGGGAAAGCUAUUUGUGCUUGGUGGUGGUAGUGAUGCUGUUGACCCAUUAACUGGUGAUCAAGAUGGAAGCUUUGCAACAAAUGAAGUGUGGUCAUAUGACCCUGUAUUACGACAAUGGGCAGCACGUGCAUCUAUGCUUGUGCCCCGUGCAAUGUUUGCAUGCGGUACUUUGAAUGGAAAGAUUGUGGUUGCAGGUGGUUUCACCAGCUGCCGAAAAUCAAUUUCUCAAGCGGAAAUGUAUGAUCCAGAGAAGGAUGUUUGGAUCCCAAUACCUGAUCUCCACCGGACUCACAAUUCAACAUGCUCUGGAGUAGUUAUUGGGGGAAAGUUGCAUGUCUUGCACAGGGGCUUGUCAACAGUACAAGUUUUGGACAAUGUAGGGUCUGGGUGGACAGUUGAGGAUUAUGGUUGGCUCCAAGGUCCAAUGGCAGUUGUUCAUGAUGCUCUCUAUGUGAUGAGCCAUGGACUAAUUUUCAAGCAGGAAGGGAAAACCAGGAAAGUAGUGGUUUCAGCAUCUGAGUUCCGGAAAAGGAUUGGAUUUGCAAUGAUGGGGCUUGGAGAUGACAUAUAUGUGAUUGGAGGGGUGAUUGGGCCCGACCGAUGGAAUUGGGAUAUUAGGCCAAUGUCUGAUGUUGAUAUCUUAACAGUUGGGGGUGACAGACCUACAUGGCGCCAGGCAACUCCAAUGACAAGGUGCCGAGGAACAAUCCUUGGGUGUACACAGCUGAGAAUUUAGCCUCCAUUUGUUCUUGUUGUAGCUUUGAUGCGAGAAUUAAGCUCUUGUUAAGGCAUUGGAUCCCUCCUAUGGGAGACGAGGAAUGUAAUCUUUCCCUGGCUAUCUUGUUUUAUUCGUGAGCCGUUGUUACCCUUGUCUCUGUUUUCUGUCAAUUUAGGGUUUUUUGAGGGAAACUUCCAUUUGGAAGGCAAGGCUGAAGGUAUUGAGUCAGUUUUAACAGCAACAGUGAAGCAUGAAAUUUAUUUAGCAGCAGCAGCAGCAUGCAUGCAUAACAAUCAACGAGCCAUUUGUUCUUUUGUA